AAAACAUAGUGAGCUAAACGAAGCAAAAACAAGUUAAAAAUGGCUAAAAAACCUCUUUCAGCUUGGCCAUGGGAAAACUUGGGGAGUUUCAAGUAUGUGAUUUAUGGUCCAUUAGCUGCAAAUGUUAUGUAUUCAUGGAUCUAUGAAGAUUCCUAUAAGCAUCCAUGGUGUGUUCAUAUACUCAUUAUAUGUGCUUUGAGAGGUUUCAUGCACCAACUAUGGAAUUCUUACAACAACAUGCUUUUCCUUGGAAAUUGUCGGAUUAAGCAACAAGGAGUUGAAUUCAAGCAGAUUGACAAUGAAUGGGACUGGGACAAUUUUAUACUUCUUCAAGGUCUGUUAGCUACCAUGGCUUGCCUGAUGUUUCCGUCCAUGGAUGAUGAGUUUCCAAUAUGGAACACAAAAGGGUUUAUUACAUUGAUGUUAUUGCAUGUAAUGGUGUCAGAGCCAUUGUAUUAUUGGAUGCAUAGGUUCUUCCAUGGAAGAUACCUUUUCACCCAUUAUCAUUCACUUCACCAUUCAUCUUCGGUGCCCCAUCCCUUUACAGCUGGACAUGCAACAUUUUUAGAGCACCUUAUAUUAUCUAUGGUGAUUGGAAUUCCAAUAAUGGGGUCAAUUCUAAUGGGAAGUGGAUCAACAAGCAUGAUUUAUGGGUAUGUUUUGGGGUUUGAUUUUAUGAGAUGUAUGGGACAUUCCAAUGUUGAAGUUAUUCAUGGUGCAAUCUUCAACAAGUUACCUUUCCUUAGAUAUCUCAUCUAUACCCCCACGUACCAUAGCUUGCACCACUCAGAUAUGGGGACUAAUUUUUGCCUCUUCAUGCCCCUGUUUGAUGCAAUGUGGAAUACACUUAACAGCAACUCAUGGCAGCUUCACAAUAAAAUUACUUCGAAUUCAGGCGAAAAUGGGAGGGUUCCGGAUUUUGUGUUCCUAGCCCACAUAUUGGAUGUAAUGUCGGCGAUGCACAUUCCGUUCGUAAACCGAUCCUUCGCAUCAAUACCCUUCUCCACAAGGAUAUUUCUACUACCAUUUUGGCCUGCAACUUUGAUGAUAUUGCUAAUGAUGUGGGCAUGGUCCAAGACCUUCCUCCUCACUUUCUACAACCUUCGAGGCCGUUUGUACCAGACAUGGGUCGUUCCCAGAUUUGGUUUUCAGUAUUUCUUACCAUUUGCAGCUGAUGGCAUCAACAAGAAAAUAGAGGAGGCCAUUCUAAAGGCUGAUAGGAUGGGGGUCAAGGUCAUUAGCCUUGCAGCAUUAAAUAAGAAUGAAGCUCUAAAUGGAGGAGGAACAUUGUUUGUUAACAAGCACCCACAACUUAAAGUUAGAGUUUGCCAUGGCAACACAUUGAGUGCUGCAGUUAUUGUAAAAGAAAUUCCCAAAGAUGUCAAAGAAGUGUUCUUAACAGGCUCCACUUCAAAGCUCGGUCGAGCGAUCGCACUCUACCUUUCUCGAAGGCAUGUUCGUGUUCUCAUGUUAACUUCAUCGACCGAGAGAUUUCAAAAAAUACAAAAAGAAGCUCCAACGGAUACCCAAAACUACCUUGUCCAUGUUACCAAAUACCAAGCAGCUCAAAAUUGUAAGACAUGGAUUGCGGGCAAGUGGAUAACACCAUGGGAGCAAAGUUGGGCUCCAAGUGGAACACAUUUUCAUCAAUUUGUGGUGCCUCCCAUUUUAGCCUCCAGGAGGGACUGCACUUACGGUGAUCUUGCAGCCAUGAGGUUGCCUGAGGAUGUUGAAGGACUUGGGAGUUGUGAGUACAAGUUGGAGAGGGGAGUGGUGCAUGCAUGCCAUGCAGGAGGAGCAGUUCAUCAACUAGAAGGCUGGACUCACCACGAAAUUGGGCCAAUUGAUGUUGAUAGAAUCGAUCUCGUAUGGGAAGCUGCACUCAAGCAUGGUUUCCGGCCUGUGUUUCAACCUUAAACCGUAAUAUAUAAUCGAUAUUAAUGUAUUUUGAUAAACAUAUUUGGACAAAAACAAUAAUUAAGUAUUAUGUGUGAUUUUUAUUUGUAAAUUCCUUUAAAAAUAGGGUUAGUAUAUACGGAAAUAUUUAAAUUUGAUAAUUUAGAUUUAUUUGGCAUUAAA